AAAGCUCUUUGGCCAGCCAGUUUAGUUAGCUUAGCCUAGCUGGAAUUCUGUUUUUGUUAACGUUAAUACACAAGUAGCCUCUAACCUGGCACAAAAGUAAAAAAGAAACCUCAGUAAUUUAACGUAUUUUAAAGUAGGUACUGUACAGACGCUCUCCGCUUGUUUUACGGGGUGAACUUGGGGUUAGUCAGGCAGUAUUUGUUGUGGCUGGGGGGAAAGGCUGAAGUUGCUCUCCGUGCCUGUGCAUUGCAGCCCGGCGCUGCUGCUGGAAUUCAAACACACAAUGGCGACUCCCAGUCCUAACAACACAACAACACCUAGCAGUCACAACAGCAGCCAUAACGCAGGAUCUUCAACGCAUCACCAUCAGCAGUCCCAGUCUCAGCACAUUACGACCAUGAGCAGCAUGCAGGAGUCCAACACCUGCUGGAGAUGUCAGAGUGAAACAGGGUUUCAGAUAAACCUGUCUGGAGCACCCCCAAGUAAACGCAAAGCCCUGAAGCUGAACUUUGCCAAUCCGCCAAUCAAACCCACGGCUAGAUUCACACUGAACACAGCGGGGCAGCCCUUUCAAAACCCGCACAUAGAGAGGCUGAGAACACACAGCAUUGAGUCGUCAGGAAAGUUGAAGAUCUCCCCGGAACAGCACUGGGACUUCACGGCCGAGGAUCUCAAAGAUUUGGGCGAGAUCGGCCGCGGGGCUUACGGCUCUGUCAACAAGAUGGUGCACAAGCCAAGUAACCAGAUCAUGGCAGUCAAGAGAAUUCGCUCAACGGUUGAUGAAAAGGAACAGAAGCAGCUGCUGAUGGAUUUGGAUGUGGUCAUGAGAAGUAGUGAUUGUCCUUACAUUGUCCAGUUUUAUGGUGCUCUGUUCAGAGAGGGAGACUGUUGGAUUUGUAUGGAACUUAUGGCUACCUCCUUAGACAAAUUUUACAAGUUUGUAUAUUGCUCAUUAGACGACGUGAUUCCAGAAGAAAUAUUAGGAAAAAUAACAUUAGCUACUGUGAAAGCACUUAACCACUUAAAAGAAAACUUGAAAAUAAUACACAGAGACAUUAAGCCGUCAAACAUCCUCCUGGACAGGAAUGGUAACAUUAAGCUGUGUGACUUUGGCAUCAGUGGUCAGCUGGUGGACUCCAUUGCCAAAACCAGAGAUGCAGGGUGCAGACCAUACAUGGCACCUGAGCGAAUUGACCCCAGUGCAUCCAGGCAGGGCUAUGAUGUCCGCUCAGAUGUUUGGAGUUUGGGAAUCACAUUGUAUGAGCUGGCCACAGGACGGUUUCCCUACCCAAAGUGGAACAGUGUGUUUGACCAGUUGACCCAGGUGGUGAGAGGAGACCCCCCACAACUGAGCAACUCGGAGGAGAGGCGCUUCUCUCCCAAAUUCAUCACCUUUGUCAAUGUGUGCCUUACAAAGGAUGAGUCAAAAAGGCCAAAGUACAAAGAGCUACUGAAAGACCCGUUCAUUCAGAUGUACGAGGAGCGCUCGGUCGACGUAGCUGGUUAUGUCUGCAGGAUCCUGGAUCAGAUGCCAGCUUCCCCAGGUUCUCCUAUGUAUAUGGACUGAUAGCAGAACAAAAACAAAAAUACGUCAAUAAAUAUACACCAUUCUGCAACAAUAAAGCCAUUUUUAAAAAAGACAGCAAAGUAAACAAAACAAAUCCUUGUGUAAAUUUGCUUGGUCCCCUUAUUGCAGUGUUAAAAAAGAGUUGUAAAGGCUAAAAGAAACACCGUUUGCAUUAAAAGUGGUGUUCAUUUCAGUCAUGUCUGUAUAAUAUAUUAACACACUUUUGUUUCUCUCAUUCACAAGCACAGACGCACAGUCACUUAAGUAUAAUAGCAGCUGAAUCAGUCAAUUGUGGUUUUGACUCAUCUGGAUGAGAAUGCAUCUCAGUGAUUAGUAACAGUGAUUUAAAGGGAAAAAAACAGAAUAACCUGGAACUUGUAUUUAUAGAACCAAAAUCAUGUGGAGUUUCUCCAGUAUACUGGAAUCAUGCUCAUUGUAAAUUGUCUCACCUUUUCCAUGUACGUGAAUGAAAGCGUUAUGUUCGGUAUCUUAUCUGGGUGUAAAGCAGUUAAAAUGUUCAGGUGUUGGUCAGAAACAUGUUAGACCUGCAGUCUAGUCCGUGCUCAGUGUGCAAUGGACUAUAUGCUGAUACAUCAAUAAAGAAAGGGAAAGGGAAAUGGUGUUGUGUGUCUUGUUUUCUGAGUAGGUUGAACUUAAAUAAAAUUUUGUAUCUGUG